AAAGCAUAAAAAAAUAACGAUUUUGAGUCGACAACAUAUAUCCGCAAAAUUCGGAUAAUGGAGAAUUUCGUUAAAUUCCGAUGGCAUUGACAAACAAACCGCUGUCGCCAUCUUUAGUAGUUCACCAUCCACUCACUAUGCGAUCAACGCCAAAAGCUGGGUUGUCAUCGAUCCAUAAAUAAAUGGAAAUCAGUGCGUUUCGCGAUUUUUAUGAUAAUAUACUCUUUGUUAUGUGUUUUUUCUUUAAACCUGGUAUUGGCCGAUUCAACCACAAAAAAAGAAUAUUAGCCAUAACCUUAUAAGUUGAAGUUCAAAUGUCAAUGUCAUUUAGUUUCGCACAGUGAUAAAUUCCAGUGACAUGCAAUUUUUGUAAUGGUAAAAUAUUUGUAAGAAACUGCAGACAAAUGCAAAUGUGCAGUCGAUGUGUGGAAUGCGACAACAUUAUACUCGAUAAUUUCAAUUAUUGCGAGUGUUGUGGCUUAGAAACAAUUAGGCAGUUAAGAAUAAACAAGGCUCGGGCACUAUCAAACCUUUUUCCUAAAAAGCAAAAAGCUGCUUCUGCUGCUUCACAAGAUUUAUUUGAUGACUUUCAGGUUGAUAACGAAGAGUUGACACUAAUCGAGGAUUCAUUGAUGAUUGAUGAUGCUUCUUCGGACAACAAGAAAAAACAGCUACUGUCAGUCAGCAGUGAUGAUGCUUCUUCAGACAACAAGGAAAAACAGCUGCUGUCAGUCAGCAGUGAUUUUAUUUCUUUAGAAGAAGAAGAGAAAGAAAACAUAUCAAAUGGCGGGCAGACCCCCGAAAAAACGUAGGGGAGACCGGGUACAAUAGUACCACGGGUCAAUAGUACCAUCGGCGAUAUUUCUUCAUACAAGCGACGUUAGAUUGUGUGCAUAGCGUCAGAAUAUGCGCUUUUUGUGUUUCCAUCCGCUUACCAGUCGGCGGCGCUUGUGCUGAGAAACGAAGGUGUACAGGAAGGAUUUUUGUUUUUUGCCCAGCCGCAGUAAGUUUUUAUGUCAAAUAUAUGAGCCCAUAAGUUGCCUAAUAUGCUAUUUGUUACCAAAGUAUUGUUGUCAAUAGUUUAUCCAGGCUCUAAACUUUCUAUCGACAGCGAAUUAUUGGCAUUCACUGUGAAAAUGACUGAAUUUUAGGUGAAGUUCUCUUGACUACCUACUUGGAACAAUUGUACCAGUCUCCAUGGGGUCAAUUGUAGCGGUACAAUCAACCCCGUGGUACAAUUAACCCCCGGAACCUUAUUUUAUACUUACUACAUAAUAUUUUAAAUUGGUUUUAAAGUCCCUAUACUUAUAAUAAGAUAAGUUAUUAUAAAACAUUCACGUGGUUAUUUUACAUUUUUACAAUUAUAUUUUUACAAUUACAGGCAUACCUACCUACUGAAAAUAUAGUCUAGGCUCAUUCAUAGUUGCAUGCAUUAAGCAUUAAUUAGAUACAUACUUAAUGUGUUUUAUUAAAUAAGUAGAUAAAAAGGUGAUAUAAGUACCUAAAUGCCUACUUAAAAUGUUUUAAUAUAGGUUUCUAAAACCCUUCUGAAUAUGUACAUUUUAGCUUAAUUCAGUAAGUAACUAAGUAUUUGAACAUUUUAUUUUAGAUGCCUCGGCGUAGAGUCAAAAGUACGGAUCGCGGAUCAACGGAUCUAUUCCUUUAUGAACAGGCUUAUGAAAAAAUCUUAAAAGGUCGAAGCAGUAGUAGGUAUAAAUAAUCAGGGUCAAUUGUACCAGGGGUCAAUUGUACCCUCAUACAAAAAUAGAUUUUUCAGUUUUGAUAUUUCUAUCAUUGUUAUUAUGCUUAUUGUUGUUUCAGAAGCAAUAUCCGAGCCAAAUAGAUGGCAUAUUAUG